AUGCCUGUUUCUGAGACAUUGAAACCCGUUUGGGCCGCCGUCCGCGACAUCGAACGUACCAUCGAACCCACCUAUCCCCAGCACUUCGACACCGUCGACGCCGCCAAAGAACACAUCAAGAAGCUGUGUCUCGAUGCCAAGUUCGAGUUCAGCGCGCCGCGCCUGCGCCCCUCGGACCCGCCGUUCAUGUCGCGCGCGGUCAAAGACAGGGCGUGUUUCCUGGUCGCCGUGCGCGCGCAUGAUCAGGGCGAGUUCUACCUCGAAGAGCCGCUGCCGGACCGGAAGAGUCUGCGGGAUGCCAUCGAGACUGAUAUUGCGCGCCUAUUGCUACUGGUUCGCGCCUGGCCGACCGGGCUCGCUAACGCGGAUCUGGCCGCUAAGUGGGUGUCCGGUAUGUGUGCGGUGAAGAAGUUCGAGUUUACGCGUUUUGAAGGCGUGCCGGAGGACAAGUUCCGGCGGUAUGUGACGUGGAACACUGCGCGGCGGGCGUGGGAGCAGAGCCGGAUUGAGGUGGGCCUUGUGCCGAAGGAGUGGGUGCGAAAGAAGAUGGUCAAGAAGGCGGAGUCGUUGACAGAAGCUAUCGAGAUUGACAUCGCGCGUCUCAAGCCGCUGAUCAAGAAAUGGCCCUCGACGUUCGAGGAUUUGAAUGCGGCGAGGGACUUCGUGGGGUACUGUGGCUAUGAUACGACGUUCAGGUAUACGGGCUGGCCCUCGGUGGAGCUGCGCAAGUAUAAGCUGUUUGUCAACUUCAACACGGCCAAGUACGCGCUCAAGGAUGGGCUGUUCAAGGUCGAGCGCGCGGUGCCGAAGCGAAGGACUCUGAACAAGACAGUUGGUCAAGAAAGAGAUGGGCGUGCAAAGCAACAGAACAAUGUCGGCAUUGUCGAGGUCAAGAAGCCAGUCAGCAAGAAGGACGGCGUUGCACGCAUACACACCACCACCGACGGCACCAAGAAUAGCAGCACCGCGGGCCAAGAUAGCAGUGACAGCAGCGACGAGCCUGUCCGUGGCGGCUCCACUUCUUCAUCUACGACUGCCUCCGAGACCAUCUCCUCUGCAUCAUCGACGCACGAAGAAGACAGUCAGAAACCUGCACCCGCCGACCCUUUCAAGAACCUAAUUGAUGAGCUGCAGAGAGGAUACGUUCUGAAAGCUGCCUUCGACUGA